AUGAACCACCUGUGGGCUGUUACUUUCAACAGCGAAGGAGCGAGGGCAAAGAUUCUGCAGGCCGAAGCUUUCAAUGUGAAAGACCACCGCUGCGUGGUUAUUGACCCGACCAACCGAGGUGUCAGGCUGAAGCUGUUUUGGCUGCUCCGCGGUGUGCAAGACGACGACGUGCGAGUGGCAUUAGCAGCGUUCGGAAAAGUGACUGAAAUAACCCGCGAUAAAUGGAGGGUUAAAGGCUGCGUUGACAAGGCUUCAACAACACGGUCGGUUACACUGAAACUGAAGGUGGGUGUUACCAUCGAGGACUUGCCCCAUCAGUUGCGUGUUGGUGAGGACGUUGCUCUCGUCCAUGUUCCUGGCAGGGCUCCGCUCUGCCUUCGGUGCCGUGGAAAAGGACAUAUACGCCGUGAGUGUCGGGUGCCACGCUGCGGGCUAUGCCGGCGUUUCGGCCACGAUGAGAGCCAGUGCGUGCGUAGCUACGCUAAUGUUACGGGCCAGGCACGAAAUGAUGAAGUGGCCGAACACAUCAUGGAUGAAGCAGACGCGGUUGAAGCAACCCACGGAAGUGAGGGAGAUGAUGCCAUCAAGGAGUCAACAUCCAAGGAAACCGCACCCGCACCCCUUGCAGAUACCAGCGAAGCCGGUAAGGACCAAACCCAGCCGGCCGUCGCAUCAAAGCCAGCGUUCCUUCCGGAAAAAGCGGAUAGCGCGACAGCUGUAAGCCUGGUUACGACUGGGCAGCAGGGCGACAACCAGGAAGACGCCGAUACCGAGAUGCCCGCCGCGUCAAGUGUACCAGUGAAGCGGGCUCACGAGGAUUCGGAUAUUCAGGAACCGAGAUUGGUCGGUGAACGCGGCGAGGAGCCUCCGCCGAAGGCACCUUCAACGCGCCGUGGACCGUUCAAGCCCAAACCGAAAUUGCCACCGGAACGCAGUACUGCGUCUGCUCUCCCUCCGCCUUAGCGGAGGCUACCUUUGCCACAACGGUUGAAGCCCGGUCUUUGAUCGGGUCAGUACUAAGCUCAAACGCCUUAAUGGAUAUGGUUUCACCCUGUUUGAUGUGUGAGUAGUCUGAUCGGCGUCUCCCUUUUCCUUAGAUGGCUACCAACCUCACGUCCAGCUUACGUGUUGCUACGCUUAAUGUAAGGGGCCUGUCGGCGCGUAGAAGGCAACUGCAACUGAACCGCCUUCUGCUAGAAAACGAAAUAGAUUUGCUCGCGGUUCAGGAAACUAAAAUUGAAGACGAAGAACAAACAGACAGAAUGGUAGCGGUCUAUCGUAGCAGAUACAGCGUUUGCGUAUGUCAUGCUGUUGGAAGAGCGGGUCGAUGCAUUAUUUUUUUAAGAAAUGUUAUUGGGGCUGUUGAUACUGUGUUCUCGUGUGAAAGUGGGCGCCUUGUAAUGUGUGAUUUUGAAUCGAAUGGAGUGGCUUGGAGAGCUGUGUGUGUAUACGCUCCGAAUGCAAUUGCUGAAAGGGAGAGUUUCUUCCGACAGGUGAAGCCUGUCCUGCUUACUGGAAGGCGGGUGAUCUUGCUUGGUGAUUUCAAUUGCGUCUGUAGACCAGAGGAUAGGACAGCAAGCCGUUCCUUUCGAGAUCGGAGCGCCGAGUUACUGUCCGAAAUUGUAGGUGAGCACGACCUUGAAGAUGUAGGCUUGAUAUCGACGCAUGAAGGCCGGGCAAUGUACACUCACUUUCAGGGAGGCAGUGAUGCUAGAUUGGACCGUAUAUAUGUUCCUGUCGAAUGUUCGCUGUUAUGUUCUGACUACCAGACGAUCUAUGUCUCUUUUAGUGAUCACUGCCUAGUCAUGGUUACAAUCGGUACGAAGAGAAUAGCUGCGAAAUUUAAUUGGGACUUGUGGAAGUUUAAUGAUAAAUUACUGGAAGAUGAAGAGUACGUGACUAAAGUCAAGGAUUAUAUAGCGAACAUGCUGCGAAGUAACUCCGGAAGUUUUAUGCAAGUAUGGGAGCAGUUCAAAUGUGAUAUUAAAAUAGCCGCUAUUGAUAGGUCAUGUGCGCUCCGGCGAAAAGAAAAACAACGAGUUAAAGAGCUGCAGAGUGCCCUAGAUUUUAUGCUAAGUACGGAGUGCUACGAGCCGGGAUUGUUCACAAGGGAAAUUAAAGAGACUAAAACUAAGCUCGAGGCAAUAGACGAAGAAAUGUACCGUGGCGCAGUGAUAAGGGCGCGUAACGAGAAGCUGUGGUCCGGAGAGACGCCUACCAAACGCGCGCUCAGUGAUGAAAAAAGGCACGCUUUGUCGAAAGAGAUAACGGAAAUAUGCUAUCAAAACGAAAUCACAAAUCGAAGAGAAAUAAUCAAACAGGCAUUCGUUGAACAUUACACAGAUAUUUUCAGCCUUAAUACUCCGGACACUGACUACUUCAGAACAGAAUUCCUAUCGCUGAUGCCGAGAUUAGAGGAUGACCUUGUGCGCGCUCUAGAAGCCAGUAUUACGGCUGAGGAAAUUGAAUCAGCGAUUCUGGAGCUUAGUUCAAACAAGUCACCUGGGCCAGACGGUCUCGGUGCAUCUCUAUAUAAAGCCUUUAGAACUGAAAUGGCAGUCGCACUUGAAAGACUGAUUAGCGAAUUCUAUGAAACGAAAACAAGUCCUCCAUCCUUCCGAGCGUCCCACGUAGUACUAAUUCCUAAAACGACUGAUCCGAUUAAGUUACAGUCUGUUGAAUCAUACCGUCCCAUCAGUCUAACAAACGUGGACUAUAAGAUAUUCAUGAAGAUUUUAGCUCGACGCCUUCAAAGUGUUAUUAAGUCACUUGUAGGGCCACAUCAGACAUGCGGCAUAAAAGGCAGGUCAAUCUUUACCAAUGUUCACACAGCUAGAACUGUCCUCGAAUGCUGUGACGGAAUGUAUGGGCGCGUGGCCAUGUUGCAAUUAGAUCUCCACAAGGCGUUCGAUAAAGUCGUACACGAAGUUCUGUUCUUGAUCCUAGACCAUAUCAAUGUUGGAACUGUUAUUACAGAAGGUGUUAAAAUGAUGUACAAUGGUUGUAUAGCGAAGCUGAUAAUUAAUAGGCAGUUAAGUGAUGGUAUUCCUGUGCUGUCGUCUGUGAGACAAGGCUGCCCUUUAUCCCCCCUGCUUUUCGCCCUCUACCUCGAGCCCUUUUGUUUGCGGCUGCUGAAGAGCCCAAACAUUCGGGGUUACACUUUUCAUAAAACUGAAGUUCGAGUUUUAGCAUAUGCUGAUGAUGUAGCAGUGUUUUGUACGGACCAUGACAGUGUUAAAGCAGUUGUACAAGAGGCUGUAAAAUUUUGUACUGCAAGUGGAAGUGCUAUUAACUGGAACAAGUGUCUUGGUUUUUGGCAUGGGAAUUGGCAAUACAAGCCCGAGACUUUUUGUAACAUGCAAUGGGCAGUAACUCCAGGCACCUACCUAGGUGUCCCCCUCGAACAUUAUCGAGAUAGCAAAGAAUAUUGGGACAAUGAAGUAGUGCGAAUGAAAACCCAGACCGGCAAAUGGGGAGGGCAUAAAUUUUCAAUGUUUGCAAGAGCCACAGUGUGUAAUUUGUUUUUAGUCGCGGAAAUCUUUUAUGUGAUGCAAGCGUUGUGUCUGACGAGGAUGUCUGUGCAAAAGCUACAUAGAGUAUUUGCGAUGUUCAUUUGGGCCUCAACAUGGGAACGUACAAGUCGUAGUAAUCUGUUCCAUAGAGUGUUGAAUGGGGGGCUGGGGUUGUCACAUUUGUUCCUAAAACAGAUUGUAAGCAGGUUUCUUUUUUUGCGUGAUCAAAAGGAUGCUUUUCUGAGAACAAUGAUUCAAGCUAGACUGCGUGAUUCAUUGCCUGAUUAUGUAGUGUCGUCCAUGUAUACGGGGCCAAUGCCUUUAAGUGCUUUUUUGCGUGAAGUGGUCGCGUCUUUCCGAAUACUAAAAGCAAGAUUUUCCAGUGAAUAUUUGGCCGUUGUUACUAGUAAGAAGUUGUACAAAGAUCUUGUUGAUGUAUUCUUGCUUGUACCGUUGUAUCGUACAGUAUUUGUUUUAGGUUCAGAACGAGAUGUUCUUAAGAGAGUUAAACGAAUGCCGGUAAGAGCUUCUGUUAAAUCUUUCUUUUUUCAACUACAUACAGGCACUCUCCCAGUGAAACCGUGGCUGCAAAGCAAAGGCAUUUUUGUACCUUGGUCUGUGAAUUGCUUUAUAUGCAAAAAACCGGAGACGAUUGAGCAUAUCUUUUUGGACUGUCAUGACGCAGUGUUUUUGUGGGAUAUUCUAAAACGUAGCCUUAAAAAGGAAUUGCCGUUAAGUGCUUUCGGAAUACGCUUCCUGCCAUGCGCGGAACCAGAGGGAGUGCCUGUCGAUCUGUUAGUGCUUUUGUGCAUGCACAGUGUGUGGCGAACGCGUAUGGAUAUUAGACAUGAGCGCAUUAUUCAGGCCCCAGCACAUGAAUAUUUCAUUGAAAGUGUGUUAUAUAUACGCGAAUUUUUCUGUGCACAGAGUGACCCUCCUGAUUGGCUAGGUGCUUUGGACAAAGUGAUUAGCCUACAUCGUUCUUAUCACACCACACUGAUCCGGCAUUGACUAGUUGUUUUUAUGGCCAUGUAAUACUCACAUUGUACCUUCUUUUGCC